AUGUCGACUAACGUUACCAAGACAGUGAAUGGAAUACAGAUCAUGUCGAGCUGCUUCAAUCCCGCAGCAGAGAGAAUUGGAAAAACCUUUGCUUACUGUUUGCUAUUUCUUGUUUCGCUGGUUGGAAAUAGCUUCAUUGGAGCAGUUGUCUACAGGACGAAAACCCUCAGAAAGCCAAUCAACGUUUUAAUUGUAAAUAUGGUUGUGUCCGAUCUUCUGUAUCCGAUUUUCCUGCUUCCAGAGAAAUUGAUUACCUUAUAUAGCGGCUCUUGGCUGGUCAGCGGUCCUCUCGGCCAAGCCCUGUGUAAGUUGGACUACUUUUUAAGGAAAACUUCCCCUGCUGUGUCAAUUCAGAGCCUUGGUCUGAUAGCUGUGGAUCGAUUUGGAGCUGUGGUAUUUCCUCUCCGUUCACCACUCAUCAGCUCAGAGCGGUGUCGAUUCGUUAUUCUCGCCACCUGGAUCAACGCUUUCGCUGUUUGGGUCCCAGAACUGUUCGCUCGGAAAGUUAUCAAGUACCGAGGAGAGCUGGUGUGUGUCCGACAGUGGAAUGACACAUUAGGAAAGUCUUUGUCCUACGAAAACUAUGCUGUGGCAAUAAUCGUGGUAUUCCUGUACGCCCCUUUGGUUUUGAUUGGCCUACUUUACUUUGGUAUUGCUUUAAAAAUUAAAUCCCAGAAGAUUCCCGGCGAACAAUCAGUCAACACGAUAGCAAAACGUUUAAAAGCAGAGAGAAAUGUUCUUAAGAUGUCCUCUGCUAUUGUGUCAGGGUUUAUAAUGUGCUGGCUGCCGUACAGUAUCUGGUGGUUUCUAACCCUCUAUUCCUCAGAUAUAUUAUCAUCUUGCGGCUUCCAAUACUUCACAGGUUUUGCUUUUUUCCUGGCACACUCAAAUUGUGCUAUAAACCCCAUCAUUUGUUUUGUAUUCUGUCGAAAUUAUCGUCAAGGUCUCAAGAAUUUCUUCGGUUGCUUUUUU